GCACCCGUGAGGGCCUUACUGCGCAUGCGUGAGAGAUGCUAACGGCUCGGCUAGCUGUUUAUCAUCAGAAACUGAAGCUUCUCGUUUCUUUAUUUGUUGAUCUUUUCAAUUAAUUCCGGCGUCACGGUAACGUCCAGACUGUGAACCGACAACAGCACGUCAUGAGAACCGGAUUAGAACCCGUUAACGGCGGCUCGUUUCGGUGUUUGUAGCCGGUUUGUUGGAGCUCAUUUAGCCGCAGACAGAAGCUAACAGUCGCCGCGAUGAUCAAGUUCGUGCUGAUGGUGAACCGGCAGGGCCAGACCCGGCUGUCCCGGUACUACGAGUCGGUGGAGCUGAACCGGAGGGCGGCGCUGGAGGCCGACGUGGUCCGCUGCUGCCUGAGCCGCAAGAAGGACCAGUGCUCCUUUGUCGAGUAUAAAGACUUCAGGCUGGUGUAUCGGCAGUACGCGGCCCUCUACAUCGUGGUGGGAGUCACAGACAGCGAGAACGAACUGUCCAUUUACGAGCUGGUUCACAACUUCGUGGAGGUUCUGGAUAAAUACUUCAGCCGUGUGAGUGAACUGGACAUCAUGUUCAACUUGGACCGGGUCCACGUCAUCCUGGACGAGAUGAUCCAGAAUGGACACAUCGUGGAAACCAACAAGAGCCGCAUCCUGGCGCCGCUCACCGCCAUCGACAAGAUGGCCGACGGCUGACGUCCACAGGAAGCGAUGUCACAGACUGUGACGCAUUGAAUCGAACUCUGAUCAAUAUAUUGAUCCAUGUCUAAAAAUGAUCCAGCAGAAGUUCUGAUGGGUGAUUGUUUAUUUCUGUGAUUCUCAGUCAUCUGUUAACGACAAAAACUGAACAUCAGAACGGGUUUCGUUUCUUCUUCUGGUUUCUUCCUGUAAAUAAUUCUUCUCUGAAUAACGUCGCCUUCAGAGCCGAUUUGGAUGUAAAGCCACAGAACCGUCAAAAUAAAAUGUCUGAAGAAUAAAAGUUACCAUAAAAAACAGAA